CCUACAGACAGACUUCUCCUCAGCGACCGCACUACUAUGUUGGAUUUGGAAGCCACAAAGAAGCAGACACCUGUCUGUGUAGAGGUGUGUGGCAUUUGACAAUGGACUAUUGAAUAAGAGAGUGAGGGGGGAGAGAGAUCUUGUAGCUUGAUAGAAACGGGGGACCGUGGCGAUCGUGCCAUGGAAGGGUCAUACAGCGCAAAGAAAGUGCUUCCUCAGCGGCCAGGAUUUCGACACCACCGAAAAGAGAACUAUGUGUGCCGCGAGUCCCUGUCCCGGCAGGCUAUAGAGUGUAGUGAGGUCCAGGAGGGGACUCAGACCCAGUCCCAGCAGCCGCCCAGGGUGAAACUGAACGGCUCCACUGUGGAGACACCCAGCCACCACGAUCUGCACCGUGAACUACUGCUCAGCACCAAACGAGGCCUGUUACCGGGAGAGAAGCCUGAGCUGAAGCGAGUCCUGGAACAAAGGAGGCUGGAGCAGCAUAGAGAGCAGGAACUGGCUCUACGGCCUCCUUUAGAACUGGAGACUGAGCUACGCAAGAGACAGCAGAUACUGCUGGAGUAUGAGCAGGAGGAGAUCAGGCGUCGGGAGGAGAAGGAGGAAGGAGUCCCUGAGUUUGUUCGUGUGAAGGACAACCUGAGGCGCACAAAGGUGUCUGGGCAAUGAAGGCCACGUGAUGCUCGGUCCCCUCCCAUCACCCCUCGCAGCCUCCCACUACAAAGGCCCUGGCUGCGGCCCGUUUCUUCACCCAAGAGUCCAAAGAGUGCACUUCCACGCCUCCCUCAACACAAUGGUUCUGCCAUUACAAUGAGACCACCCUCCUGUUUCGCCCUCCACCAGCCUCCACUGCGCCCCAUAACCUACAGCUAUAUGAUGAUGGUCAACUUCACUGCAGCAAGUUACUGAAAAGACUACUACUGGGACUGAUAUGCAUCUCUUGCUGGACUGUUUAUACUUUGUGAAAAAGCUAAUAAAGAAGAAGAAAAUUUAGAAAAUGUGUGAUAAAUAUAAAGCAAUGUAGGAACUGGUCAAUAGGUUUCAUUAAGAGAAUGUGAGGGAAAGUGCAUAGGUCUACUGUAAAUUAUGUGUACAGGACAAAUAUUUUGUUCUUUAUGAAUAGAUUAAUUAUUUUUCUAAGUAUAUUUUUUAUAAUUUACUAGAUAACGUUUUUGUUUUGAAGUCUGCAUUCAAGUCAAGCACUUGGUUUACAGCAGCAUAGCUGUAGCUCAGUUGGUAGAGCAUGGCGCUUGCAACGCCAGGGUUGUGGGUUCGAUUCCCACGGGGGGCCAGUAUG